AUGCAAUUGGUCAUAUCAACAUUGUUCAUACUGUGCUUUACUGGUGUCGACAGUUUACGUUGCUUUCACUCUGAAAAUGGAAGUAAGUUUUUUUGUGAUUUACACAGUUUAGUACUUUGAAGUAAAGAAAUAAAUAUUGUAACUAACAAGGAAGGUACCCGACCCGCAACGCUUAGAUUUUGUUCAAUUUUUUAAAUUGAAAGGCCAUUUAAACGUACGAGCUUAUGCGAAGUUCUAAGUCGCGGUUUGCUGCUAGUCUUAAAAAAAAUGGGCAUCAAAAAUUCGCGAUUUGAAUUUCUCGACAAAUUGGCAUAGUGUUUCAAGCUUUUAACUUUCUCCUUUUUUGACUUUUAACUAUUUUUUUAAAAUAUAUUGAUAGAAUAGCUUUAAUUGAACUUGAAGUUUUAAAUUUUUAAGCCUUUCAUAUCUGGAACAUUAAAAAAGUGCUUGCAACACAAUGCCAUAUUUUCCAAAUUGGCGGAAGAUUAAUAAAUUAAAUUUAAAACUGAAAACCACACGCUAAGAUUUUUUAUAUUUGCUACUGGUACUGUAAAGAAUCCGUAAAAAAAUUUAGAGCUAAUUCUGAGAGUUGCAACUUACAAUUGUUAGGUACUUUUCUUGUAAAUAUCAUUCAUAAACAUACGUUUUUAAGUUCCUGUUGGAAAAAAUAAUGGCACUACCCAAUGUGCCACAGAUGUUGCUUAUUGUUUGAAAAAAGUCAAUCGUUACGAUUCGAGUUACAGUUCUCAGUAAGUUGCACCAAUUUGACUAAACUUGUAAAUGUAAUUUUAAUUUUUUGAUUAAAUUUAUUUAUAUGAGACAAUUAAUAGUUUUUUUCUUUAGAAAUUGUGACACUGAUCUCCAGUGCUCACCAGCCACACCAACUGCAGAGGAUGAAAUGUUCAAAUAUUAUUGUUGUAAUACUGAUCUGUGCAACUCGGCUAGCUUGAAACAGUUUUCUAUUUUUAUGAUUAUAUCUUUUUUCACCUUUCUUUGCUGUUAUUCAACCUAG